AUGCCAGUCACGAUCGGGCACGAAUUUAGUGGUGAGAUCGUCGAGAUUGGCUCCAAAGUCAACAACACUUCCGGUCUCAAAGUCGGAGAUAGGGUGGCAGUCCAGCCAACCGUCUGUUGCUUUGGUUGUGGGCCAUGUAAGGAAGGGUAUAUCAACUGCUGUGACAGUGCAGGGUUUGUAGGCCUGAGCGGCGGCGGCGGCGGGAUGUCAGACUAUGUUUGUGUCGAUUCGCAAUUCGUGUACAAGCUACCGGACCACAUUCCCCUCGAUGUGGGAGCUCUGGUCGAGCCGCUUGCCGUGGCGUGGCAUGCUGUCAACCAAUACCCGGUCAAAGAAGGCGACACGGCCCUCGUGAUGGGCGCAGGUCCGAUCGGGUUAGGGGUGAUCCAAUGUCUGAAAGCUCGAGGUGCAAAGACCAUCAUUGUGGUGGAGCUCGCAAAGGAGAGACAAAACUUUGCUAAGCAGUUCGGAGCGACACACAUCCUCGAUCCCAGAUAUGAAGACGUGGUGAAGCGAUGCAAAGAACUCUGUGAUGGCCAAGGACCCCAUGUGGCUUUGGAUGCUGCGGGCGUGCCUGCAAGUCUCAAGGCUUCAACUCUGGCGGUGCGAGCCCGGGGAACCGUCGUCAAUGUGGCUAUUUGGGAGAAAGAGGUGCCCUUCCAACCCAACAACGUGGUCUUUGGGGAAAAGAAAUAUGUCGGAGUACUCGGCUACGUCAACGAAGAUUUCGCCGGUGUCAUCCAAGCGCUCGACGACAAGAGACUGCAGCCCGUGAAGAUGAUCACUCGAAAGAUCCACAUCGACCGCGUCGUCGAGGAUGGCUUCCGCGCCUUGAUCGACGAGAAGGACAAGCAUGUCAAGAUCCUGGUCGAUUGCAGGGCUUAG